AUGAAUGGCCUUUGCGGCACACGGCUGAUUUUUUUUUCGAUAGCUCAAGCAGUUUUCGUCCCGACAGGAGUUUGUGUAAAUUCAUGGAUGCCAUGGAACUGGGGAAGCAAACCCCGUCCCAUUGAUGGACAGUGGAGUUCUUGGUCGUCAUGGAGUACUUGCCAAAUGACGUUUGAACCAAUUAAGACCCCAUUUCGCUAUAAAGAACGAGGCUGUUCUAACCCAGCACCUAAAAACGGAGGCGACGAAUGCAAGGGCGAAAGCAGGCGGACGACGAGUUGCGACGACUGCAAUAUUGCUUUGGGUUUAGAAAGCGGACGAAUAAAAGACUCCAUGAUUACCGCGUUACAUUCUCACAAAGAUUUUCCAGCUUCGGCUGCCAGAUUGAAUGGCAAAUCUGCCUGGUGCUCAAUGAAUCCUGACAGCCUUCUUGAGCCACUGUAUCUUCAAAUAGACCUAAAGAAAAUGACGGCAAUUUCAGCUAUUGCGUCACAGGGGUUUUACCCUGCGGCGGAAUUGUUGUCCCUUAGGAUGGGUCGUGUUAGCAAAUAUGAACUUAUGUACAGUACAAACGGAUUUGCCUGGAAGUUGUACCAGGACAGGAUAAAUAAAACAGUAAUUCGUGGAAACAGUAGGCGAAAUGGAACAGCCCUUAAUAUUUUAACACCUGAAAUAACCGCAAGAUUUAUACGAGUCUAUCCACUGAGUUAUUUCUCGUUUGUUUGCAUGAGACUGGAGUUGUAUGGUUGUACUUUUGGUUGUGGGGGAGAUUUAAGUGUAGAACCAGGAAAUAUUAUCACCCAGAGUUCCCCACAAGAAGACCAAGAUUGUUUGUGGCAUGUAAAAUUGCCCAACAUCACCAAACUGAAUUUUGACUUCAUUAAUUUUAAUGUACCUUGUAGUAAUGGUUACACAGAACUGAGAGAUGGAAGCAUGCCAUAUUCAACAGCAACAGUAUUAGCCCAGUAUUGUGGGUUUGACCGCCCCCCUCCUCUUGUUAUGUCGAACAGCGGAGAGUUUUGGGUGCGAUUCAAAUCCAAUGCAUCAGAUCCACAAGUUGGAUUCUACUCUGUCUAUUUCCCUGGGUGUGGUGGGUGUCUGCAUGGAAGUACUGGUGAGAUUAAGUCACCGAAUUUUCCAAAGGAGUACUUUCACAAUUCCAAGUGUAUUUGGACCAUUACCGUACAAGAAGGCAAAUCAUUACGCUUAAAUUUUGUGCAAUUUAGUAUUGAAGGGGAUGCAAACCGCCAGAGAUGUCCUCAUGAUCACCUCACAAUUUGGAAUGGAUCUCAUUCAAAUGCACCACUAAUUGGAAAGUAUUGUAAUAGUAAUCCACCACCUUCUGUUGUAUGCAGCUCUGGGAACAGUGUUCGCUUGAAAUUCCACAGUGAUGAUGCCCUUGCCUGGUCAGGAUUUUUUAUCACAUACAGUGCAGUUAAUCCAUUCAUGCCUUGCAAUGAAAUGUUUUCAAGCACUAUUAUGCCUACAAAUACAUCUCUUUGGACAAGUAUGUAUCUGACUCCCACUCCUCUUGUAACAGUGAUGAAAACGGUAAUCACCCAGCAAGCAAUGUUUUCUUCAAGUAGCCAUUUUUAUGUUGGAUCAACAACCAAAAUAACAGUGGAUAGAACUAAUCUCAAUACUCUAGCCCUGUCUUCAGCAAAUGUUACAGUUGAUUUUGAAGGGACAUCAGCUGAUGGAGAACUGAAAGCAGCAGCACAAGGAAAACAGAAGUAUGAUGAAGAUGAUGAUGAUGAUGAAAGCUUAACCACUGUGAUCAUACUUUCAGUUAUGGCUUUUAUUGUUAUCUGCAUGAUUAUUGCAAGCAUUAUACCAAGUGUUAAACAUCACUAUGAAAAACAGAAGCAGGAAACAGAAAUGAGCUUAAUGAUUGCUGCAAGCCUGAGCAUCCCUGAAACAAACAGCAAAGAAACCUUUGAAGUUGUUUCUACCACAGCAGAUUUACAGCUGACACCAGCAUUAGACAGAGUUCCUUGUGAUGCUGUAUCGUACAGUGAGCCAGGCCUUUUGCCCGUUGAAAUAGCUGAGAGUGAGUCAUUAAGUGAGACUCCAACAGUAGAAUUCAGUAAUGAACCUUUAGAAAUCACCAGAUUGCUUCUUAAAAGUAGUGGUGUCACAAAUAUUUGUGAAGAUGAGAAUGAUGGUUUAGGUACUGGAGAAAAUGAGACAGAUGCAAUGGUCCCUUUUAUUAUGGAUGAUGAUGCACAAGAAAUUGGCAGUUUAAGAAUGUCUUACGAGGAUCUUGGCAGCAGUUUUGCAUGUGAAAUGCAAGCAAUGUUGAGUCAGUUGGUGGAUAAAGAUGAGCUACCAGAAUGGAAUCCCAGCAUUGUUAAUGAUGAAACAGAAACAGAGGGAUCAAUUGUCAGUGAACGUGAAGCAUGUAAUGACAAUGUUCCUCAAGGUCAAGGUGAUACCAAGUCAAUUCAGUUGAAUGAAACUUCAACCAACAAUGUGUCUUUUGGCAAAGGAGAAAAACUGCUAAGUACAUUGAACAAGACAGACAUUGAAAUGGGGGAAAUAUGGAAAAUGGAGCCAGUAGAUAAUGUCAGUUGUCACAGCCUUAAAAAAACAGCAGGAAAUGAACGAAUAUCAGGAUCUCAAACUGAUAGCAAAGACUCUUGUAGCAGUGAGAAUGCCAGCACCUGCAGUUACUCAGAAACUUAUGUUUAG